AUGAAUGUUGUGCAAGACAUUCCCAGUGUCAUAAGUGGAGAUACUACUCAGCUGUCACCUGUCUCCUUUCAAGCUGCGGCUUCCCACAAUGCAAUUCACUCCUCAAGCGGAACAGCAGGUGCUAUCUUCCUUCAGGGCUGGCUGUGCGAACUGCUCCGCUGGAAGGAGAACCCAAGUCCUGAAAACCGCACCCUCUGGGAAAACCUCUGUACUAUACGCCGUUUCCUGAACCUUCCCCAGCAUGAGAGGGAUGUGAUCUACGAAGAGGAAUCCAGGCAUCACCACAGCGAGCGCAUGCAACACGUGGUCCAGCUUCCACCUGAGCCGGUGCAGGUCCUUCAUAGACAGCAGUCUCAGCCGGCCAAGGAGAGCUCCCCUCCCAGAGAAGAAGCGCCUCCCCCACCUCCUCCGACUGAAGACAGUUGUGCCAAAAAGCCCCGGUCUCGCACAAAGAUCUCCUUAGAAGCCCUGGGGAUCCUGCAAAGCUUUAUUCAUGAUGUAGGCCUGUACCCCGACCAGGAAGCCAUCCACACUCUCUCGGCCCAGCUGGAUCUCCCCAAACACACCAUCAUCAAGUUCUUCCAGAACCAGCGGUACCACGUGAAGCAUCACGGGAAGCUGAAGGAGCACCUAGGCUCCGCGGUGGACGUGGCGGAGUAUAAGGACGAGGAGCUGCUGACCGAGUCAGAGGAGAAUGACAGCGAGGAAGGCUCCGAGGAGAUGUACAAAGUGGAGGCCGAGGAGGAGAGCGCUGACAAAAGCAAGGCCGCGCCUGCAGAAAUCGACCAGAGAUAA